AGCACAAACCACAAUCAACUCAGCUCAGCUCGGAAGAUGAACAACGACUGAUGCUUGGGCUCAUUUCUCUCUUUAAAUACAAAGCGUUUUGUUAGUCGUAGUUUAGUCAGGGUUGUAGAGCAAACAUUUACUAGUACACUAACUUCAGUCCUCUCUGAAUAAUCAAAUUACCUGCUUUCUACCAACGAAAUAGCCCUGAAUGGAAAGAGGUUUGACGCUCUGGGAUUAACAGCCGAGGAAUGAAGACAAGUGAAAAAAAGCUGAACGGUGGAUUUUUUUGCCUGUGACAGAGCUCACAGAACACAUCUGUCUGCCUCUCGGCGUACACUCUGCUUUUUUCUGGAGGAAAAGUCGGAAAAACAGCAUGCUUUAGCACUCGGAGGGGGAUAUGGUGGCACCAGAGUGCAGUUUCCAUCCAGCUUGCUCUGAAGGAAAGAUGCUUUUUGUUUGCUUUCCGCUCCUCUGUAUUGUUUUCAUAAACCAAUGAGUACUUUGUCACAGUGAAAAAAGAUGUUAUCCCAUUGUGUCUGACCUGUUGUUGUCUUUCAUUCUCUCCAGACCUUUACAAAAAGAAAAAAAAAAACCUUACAGACUUUUCAUCAUAACUGUUUUCUUUCAAUCUUCUAUAUUUCUCUUUCUAAAUCCAGUUUUCCUCUGACUUGACCAUCUUUGUUGUUUUCUUGAGUCUGUACCAUUUACUGCUAGAAGUUUCGUUCUUCUGUCACACACUUUUAUUUAGCUUUUUUUCUUUUUCUUCAUAUUGUAUUUAUUUGUUUCCUCCAUGUUAAACUAUCAGUCUUCCUCUCCUCUUCUUCCCCUGAGGGCAAACUGGACCCAGUGCAUGGAUACUACACACAUUCUUUUAUAAUUGCCAUCUCAGCCUCUAUUUCUUACAAAACCUGCUCUUCUUACUUGUUUUCUCACACUACAAUCCACUCUACCCUGACACAAUGUACUCCUCCGAGGAGCUGUGGAACUCCACUGAGCAGGUUGGAAUGAACGGAUCCGAAUCAAACUCUUCACAGGAAAGACAUUUUGAUGACAUUGAGGGAGAAGGAGAUCAGCAUCCUUUUCUCACUGAUGCCUGGCUGGUCCCUCUCUUCUUCUCACUCAUUAUGCUGGUUGGACUGGUGGGCAACUCUUUGGUUAUUUAUGUCAUUUCAAAACACAGGCAGAUGAGAACAGCCACCAACUUCUACAUAGCAAACCUGGCAGCCACCGACAUCAUCUUCUUGGUGUGCUGUGUCCCCUUCACUGCCACACUCUACCCUCUCCCUGGAUGGAUCUUUGGCAACUUCAUGUGCAAAUUUGUUGCCUUUCUGCAGCAGGUGACAGUGCAAGCCACUUGUAUCACCCUGACUGCAAUGAGCGGGGAUCGCUGCUAUGUGACAGUCUACCCUUUAAAAUCUCUGCGCCACCGCACCCCAAAAGUAGCCAUGAUUGUCAGCAUCUGCAUUUGGAUUGGUUCCUUCAUCUUGUCCACUCCAAUUUUAAUGUACCAGCGCAUAGAAGAGGGUUACUGGUAUGGUCCAAGACAAUACUGCAUGGAGAGAUUUCCAUCUAAGACUCAUGAGAGGGCAUUCAUCCUCUACCAGUUUAUUGCAGCCUACCUGCUGCCUGUGCUCACUAUCUCUUUCUGCUACACUCUUAUGGUGAAAAGGGUUGGCCAGCCAACUGUACAACCUGUAGACAACAAUUACCAGGUCAACCUCCUUUCUGAGAGAACAAUCAACAUCAGGAGCAAAGUCUCCAAAAUGGUGGUGGUCAUAGUCCUCCUCUUUGCCAUCUGCUGGGGUCCCAUCCAGAUCUUUAUCCUUUUUCAGUCCUUCUAUCCGACCUACCAACCCAACUACACAACAUAUAAGAUCAAGACGUGGGCUAACUGCAUGUCCUAUGCCAACUCUUCAGUCAACCCUAUAGUAUAUGGCUUCAUGGGAGCCAGUUUUCAGAAGUCCUUCAGGAAGACUUUCCCCUUCUUGUUCAAGCACAAGGUCAGAGAUAGCAGCAUGGCUUCAAGGACUGCCAAUGCUGAGAUCAAGUUUGUUGCUGCAGAGGAAGGCAUCAAUAAUAAUGGGGUAAAUUGAUUCUGAUUAUUAAUUGCAGAACAAGUUUAUCCCAAACUCUGAGUAAAUUAUGGAUGUUGGCCAUGAGUUCAAAUCUAUUUUCAUAGGGACAAAAUAAGCUUGUUAGACACCAAUUAUUUGAACAUAAAAUUAUUUCAAACAGCACUUUUCCAGACAUUUCUACAAACAUUAUUCUAUGUAUAUGUUACUUGUGUUAUUUUGUGUAAAUAUGCCUGUAAGUUAAGCUUUUUAUGUAUUUGUCCAGACUCUGUGUGGGUGUUUGACCAAAGCAGAAAAUUGUGUUUUCAAAAAGUGCCAACUGAAGCAAUUUCCAGUGAGAAAUUCAUUUAUUCCAUCUCCACCCCAUAAACAACUGAGAAGCAGACAUUAAGGUUCAAAGCUAAUGCAGUUUAAUGACAUGAUACAUUUUGGGAUUUGUGAAGUCUUCAAAUGUCAAAUAGCAACAUUCACGGCCAUUUGGGGUUGAAUGAGUGACGGAGCUUUCAUUCAUGGAAACAAAGACAGAAUGUUGAAGAACACUGACUUUGUUUAGCACAAAAUGCUACCUUUUCAUUGUAAAGCUUCACCAACUGAGCUACCAAAUA